UGGCAAAAGCAGGUUACAAAAAGGUGCGGGUUGCCAAGGAAACAGACAGUGGCGGAGAAGAGAGAGUUCUUUGAAGAUGUGAAGGAAAAGGCCUUUUCGGGAAAGCCUGAGCGAGAUGGGAGAUGGAAGUAUGGUGAAAGACCUUUCUAGAUUGCAUGAUGGAAAGACUGGGAAAGGAGCAAUCCAUAUGCAGCUCUAGACCUUCCGCAUGGCUUGUUCAACCCACAUCAGAGGCCUCAUCCCUGCUAUGGAAACUCAAAGACUGCUUCUCCACCUACGAAAAAAACGCCCCUUCACACAAUUCUAAAGAAAACAAUUACAUGGAUGUCCAAAAGGGGGUGCUGGAAUUGAAAGAUGUCCCUCCUCCUCCUCAGUUCUAUGCAUCUUCCCAGUCAUCACUUCCUUUCCCGCUGGCCUCCCUCCCUUUGCAACCCACCUGCUUACCACCUCCUCCUCAGCUUACACGGGACUCCCACCAACAGCAGCCAGAGGGGUCUAGCCCCAAAGUAAGCAUUUGUCAUCACUGUAAUCAAUGCAGCACAGGUGGCUGUGGGUUAGGUGGUGGAGGUGUUGCUGGUGGCAGUAGCAGCACAGCUGGCCGCUCGUUUGUGGCUCCAGCCUCUGUGGAAAUGGCGGCCAGGCCUGGGCCACAAUACCAACAUACCUUGAGCUGUGAAGGUGAAGCUGUGGACUCCAUGCACAGUAUCUGUUACAGACCCCAGCUGCCCUCCUCUGUUGCCACCUCACAGCCUGUUUCGCAUCACCCCUACCUCCCCUGCUGUACAGGGCUUCUCCACACCUACUCAGCUGUUUCUCUUCCACAUGCUCAGCCCAACCUCUGCCCCUCCUCAGCACCACUGGCUUCCUCUCUGCCCUCUGUUCCCUCCCUUCCUGACUCUAUGCAUGGUUUUUGCCUGGGUUCUUCUGGCUGUUACACUUGCGGUGUGGACUGCAGUCUCUCAAAUAGGAGACCCCAGAGAAUCUCAGCGCACAGUGACCACCCAGUACCCACCACAGGGCACAUCUUCUCUAAUCCUAAGCACCUAAAUGUAGAACACACUGUUUGUAUGAAGGGGGCGCGCUACUGCCAGGAGUGCUUGUUGAAGAAGCCUAUGAAUGGUCUGGUGUCAGAUUCAGAAAAGGGUUGGCCCAAUGAUCCUGUUCCACCUGCUGCACCGAUCUCCAUCCCCAUUUGCAACGGCUGUGGCACCUCCUCCGAUGCCAUGGUGCUCAUGCUGAAAACCAGCAUCGGGAAAACUGCCCCAAAAUAUGGUUCUCCAGAGACUAAUGGCCCAGAGAACAUCCCGCCUGUUGGUGUCUUUUGGGAUAUUGAGAACUGUAGUGUGCCGAGUGGACGCUCAGCUGGAGCCGUUGUACAGCGUAUACGCAGUCGGUUCUUCCAGGGCCACCGCGAGGCAGAGUUCAUUUGUGUCUGUGACAUCAGCAAGGAGAGUAAAGCUGUCAUCCAGGAGCUCAACAACUGCCAGGUCACCGUUGCACAUAUAAAUGCCACAGCAAAGAAUGCUGCUGAUGACAAACUUCGCCAGAGCCUAAGGCGUUUUGCUGAUACUCACACUGCACCUGCCACUGUUAUACUCGUAUCUUCGGAUAUGAACUUUGCAAGUGAGCUGAGUGACCUGCGUCAUCGUCAUGGUUUCCACGUAAUCCUGGUCCAUGGGAGCCAUGCGUCUCCAGCACUGCUGCAGCACGCCCACCACCAUGUAACCUUCCAAGAGAUAACAGCUAAUCUGCCUCUAUGCAUGCCUGUCAAAUCACAGCCCAGUUUCAACCUCCUCUAUGUGCACAACCUGCCUGUAAACUGUGACAAGUACCUGCGACACGCUGUGAAGCUCAGGCUCCGUCGCCUGUCAGACAACUGUGGCGGCAAAGUGCUGGGCAUGUCCCAGGGGACAGCGGUGCUCCGUUUCGGCAGCUCCGAGGCAGCCGCUCGUGCCCGAAAAAGAAUGGAAAAUGAGGAUGUGUUUGGACGCCGAAUCACUCUCUCCUUCUCUCCACGACCUGCAGAGGAUGCAAGUCCUGAACCUCAGUCUCAGCCCCCUCCCAUGUCCCAGGCUCUGCUUCAACCGUAUCAAACCCAGGAUCCAAUGAUCACCCUGCCUACAGCCCUGUCCUCCUUUUCUUUUUUGCCUGUGGAGAAGCUCAGGUCCUCCAGGAGGCCACGGCGAGCAAGCCGUCCAUGCCAUACCCCUGAAAGGCCCUACAGCCCCAGGAGAGGGUCCAGUGGGCCUCCCGGUGGUGCACCAGCCAAACCCCAUCAGGAGCUGAAUAAUGGGGUGUCAAAGCCCAAAAUGGGAUUGAAUCAUGUGGAGAAAGGGCGCACUGCUUCUGCUUCCCCUCUCAGUAAUGGUGAUACAGUCGUGCUGGAGCAGCUGAACAAGCCUGGUCUUACUGGAGAACCAAUGUUCAGGACAAGAAAAGAAGGAUCCAGUGGGACUGAAUCCCCAAUCGAGCAAGCAAACAGGAACUCUGGGGAGUUCCAGAUUAGCACACCCUCAGCCUUCAGCAAGUUGAACCUGCACAGAAGCUUCAGCCCCCUCGUCUUGUCCCAGGGCUCCUGGUCCUCCAGGAGUGCCUCGCCAUGCUUGUCCAGUCGAUCUUCUCCCCUCCUGGUUACCCCUUGUAGCCCUUGUCCUGAGGGUCCUUCUGAGCCGUUCUCUGAGGGGGCGGAGGUCCAAGUGUCAAACCUGGACUACAGGAUGUCUCGCAAGGAUUUGCAGCAGAUGCUGCAUGAUGCCUUUUCCCGAUAUGGACGGGUUAAGGUUGUAGAGCUCAGCCCCCACACUGACUAUCAGCUGAAGGCCACAGUCAAGAUGUUGUCCCUGCAGCAGGCUAUCAGUGCUGUAAGCGGUCUGCACCAUUUUAAGAUCGGAGGCAAGCGUAUUCAGGUGUCUUUGAUCACCAGCAGCAGCAAGUCCCUGUCUGUGAUCAGUACAGAGAUCAUCAGCAUUCUUCACGAUGCCCCUGCCCACUGCCUGCCCCUCUUCAAGCUCACAGAGAUUUAUGAGAAAAAAUAUUCCCGUAAGCUUUUAGUUGGCGAUUUGUACAGACUACAGGACGUGGUUACGGUGCGCGAUCAGGGAGGCACAAGGCUUGUGUGCCUUCUGCCCGCCAGCCAAAUCCGUCAGAGUCCACUGGGAUCAUCCCGUUCUCAGGACGGCUCCUCAACUAGCGGCAGCCCUGUGGUCUUUGAGGAACUGGAGUAUCAUGAACCUGUCUGCAGACAACACUACACACAGCAGGACUUCAGUGAGGCUGACUUUGAUCCCGACUCCUAUAAAAUCCCGUUUGUUGUGAUGUCACUGAGCACAUUAGCCUCUCAAGUCCAUGGUCUCUUGCAAACGCAUGAGGGAACUCUUCCGUUACUCAGUUUUCCAGACUGUUAUGCAGCAAAGUUCAGCCCACUGCAGUUGUGCAAUGAGUCUUUGGAAGGUGGUGUUCCCCUGGAGCACCUCAUUACCUGCAUCCCCAGUAUCAUGAUUGUUACAGCUCAAAAUGGCUUCAAAGUCAUCAAGUGGAUCCACAACAAUUUCCUGACUCUGAAUUCAGAGCCAUGGAUACAGCGCUGCAAGAGUCCAGUGGGAAACCCUCAACUGAUUCAGUUCAGCCGGGAGAUCAUUGACCUUCUCAGGAGUCAGCCAGCUUGCAUCAUGGCCAUCAGCAAGUUCAUCCCCUCAUACCACCAUCACUUUGCAAAGCAGUGCCGUGUUUCGGACUAUGGCUUCUCCAAGCUACUGGAGCUGCUGGAGGCUGUGCCACACGUCCUGCAGAUCCUUGGAAUGGGUACAAAGCGCUUAUUGACCCUAACCCAUCGUGCACAAGUAAAGCGUUUCACCCAAGAUUUGCUCAAACUGCUCAAAUUUCAAGCCAGCAAACAAGUGGCCAUUAAGGACUUCACGCAGGCGUACCACUGGUGCUUCUCGAAAGACUGGUGUGUAGUAGACUACGGCGUGUGUGAUCUGAUGGACCUGCUGACUGAAAUUCCUGACACCACCAUCACUGUUACUCAGCAGGAUACAGAGACAGUCAUCUCCGUUCCAAAGAGAGAGCGUACAGCAGAGGAAAUAGAACGCACCAAGCAGUUUGGGAAGGAAGUGGUGGACCUACUUCGUCACCAGCCGCACUGCCGAAUGCCCUUCAGCAAGUUCAUUCCCACCUACCACCACCACUUUGGUCGUCAGUGCAAGCUCAGCUACUAUGGCUUCACCAAGCUCAUGGAGCUGUUUGAGGCCAUCCCAGAAGUACUGAUGGUGUUGGAGUGCGGCGAAGAGAAAGUGCUGACUCUGACUGAGGUGGAGCGUAUCAAAGCUCUCGCAGCUCAAAUGGUCAAGUUGCUGCGAGCUCAGAAAAACUCCAGCCUGCCUGUGGGCCAGCUGCUCAGCGAGUACAGUAAGACCUUUGGUUAUGGUCUCAGACUACAAGACUACGAUGCCAGCUCCCUGCCCUCACUGCUGUCUAAACUCUGCCAUGUUGUCAAGCUGGUGGAUGGUGUGGAGGGUCGUGAAGUGCAGCUGAUUAACAGGAAGUCUCUGCGCUCGCUCACCACACCGCUGCUCGUCCUGAUCAUGUCCCAAGAUAAGGAGCAGCUCACCAAGGGUCUUCAGGUGGAGGAGCUGAGCCGGAUGUAUCAAACUGUGCACGGUGCCCCCCUCAACCCCUGUGAAUAUGGGUUCCUCUCCCUCAGCGAGUUGCUGAAGAGUCUGCCCUACCUCGUGGAAUUGUACCAUGAGGAAGGUGAAGAAAACAGUGGCAGUGGUCGGGGUGACGACUGGGUGAGGCUGACCAGGCUUUACCAGUUUGCAUGUAACGUUCGCUCUCUGCUCCACACCUACCACUACAACCAGAUCUUUCUGACCGAGUUCCAAGGUGCUUAUAACAAAUUUAUAGGCUGCAGCCUUGAAGCUCGCUCCUAUGGAUAUAGCAGCAUUGACGACCUGCUCAGUGCCAUUCCACAGGUGGUCUUGAUCAAAGGGCAUGGUCACAAAAGGAUUAUCGUUUUGAAGAACGAUAUGAAGGCAAGGGUCAGUUCUUCAGUUCCCAGCAGCCCUCAGCCUGGAGAGACCGUGGAGAGCCAGAGAGAUGCCCCAGUACACAAUGCCAAUUAUAGAUGCUACAGUCCAGGUGGCGAUGUAGCAGCUGAGUCAGAACUGCGGAGUCUGUCCCCUGUAGAUCUGCUGUGCGGUCCAGUUCCAUCCUCCCUGCCGUCACCCCAACUUCAUCCUGAUCCUGUUCUCCUUCAGCAGUCUGACCUCAUUCACUUUGAGGAGAGAACACCACAACCACCAGCAGAAGGUGAUGGAUCAGAGGCUGCUGUUGAUCGAACACGCAAUGUACCUGCGGGCGCGAACAAGACUGCGGUCUUCAAGACGCCGGCGCCACCUGAUGUGGCCCCUCCUCCGUCCACACAAAGUCCCGGCAGAAGAGCCCCGCGCAGCAGAAUCAAACUCGCCGCAACCUUCUCCUUCACAGCAGGAUCCUGAUACCUCACACAGGCUUGUGCACGUACUACAGUACACACACAUGCACGCACACAAAACACACUGCGACUCUAAAUACGGGAGUUGAGCAGCCAGUGUGCAUGUGUGUGUGCGUGCACUCCAUCCAAACUGGCUCUUGGGGAACAUGCAGCAGUCGCCUCUUUGCAGCUGUGUUCUCGUUUUUCUCAUUGCAGACUUUCUGCAGUUCUUUAAUUUGGCAAUCAUCAGUUUGGUCGGAUACGGAGGCAAGUUAAAUUCUGUUUGUUGAACUUUAAUGUGCACUUUGUGUUUAAAGCCAGACUGUGUCAAAGGACACUUAACGGCUUACGCGGCUGAUGAACACAGAGUUAGUUGUCACUGUGGCAAAGACAUUAACUAUGAGAGAAAUUCUUUAACCCCCCCCUUCACCGAUAAUACUGCUGACUGUUCAUAUUUUGGAUUUAUAAACUUUCAUAUUUGAAUCUUAUUUUGCUGUGUGUCAGAAGACAGCAUUUUGGUUUUGGGCUUGUCUCGGCUUUUUACACUCUCCAGCAACGCUGCAGCUAACUGGUUAUUUGCACGAUCAGUUCACCUGUUGAUCAUUUUAUCAUUAAUCAGUACUUCCUAAAGCACCAGAAAAAGGUUAAAAAUAAAUAAAUAAAUAAACUCAUUAUUUCUCAGUACAGAGACUUUUGCAGAUUACUUGUUCUGUUGAACCAACCAUCUCAUAUACAAAGGAGUUGGUUUUAUUAACUAGCCCUGACCAAGUUGUCUGGAAUAAAUUCUGCUUUCCACUGGUUGAAAUCUAUUAAAAAUGGCUCAUUUAAAGUGGUUUUGAAGCUGUUUAAAUCAGGUCAUCCUUCAUCAUAGAACAGGUUCAAACCAGACUCGAGUCCAGUUAAACAUUUUUUAGAGCUUUUUAAAAACUGAACAGACAUCUGAUCUUAAACCAGUUUAAAUAUGAUCAUAGUGACUUAAAAUCAGCCUGAACAGGAGCCAGAGAUCACAAAUUGGUGUGUUUUUCUUCUUGAUUAUCAAAUAAGUUGAUUUAUUUUUCUAUUGAUUUACUCAUUGAUUAUUUGAUGGAUUACUUCAGGUUUAGUUUCCAGACACGUCAAAGGUUCUUCGUUUAUAAAUUUUCAUCUUUUGCCUUGAAGACGUCUCAGGCGUGUAGCUUUGAUAAAUGUGGCGUAGUUGCGUUCUGUUAGCGGUGUUGUGUCUUUAGUUAGCAGCAGACAAAGGUCUUUGUGAGAAAAUGUGAAAGGGUUCGGAUGUUGUGUCUCGCACUGCUGUAGGAACUGUCAUUGGUGUCGAAUUGGAACUUGAUUUCUAGCGAAGGUUUUCAGCCUGAGAGCGAUGAGGUGCCGCCAUAAUGCUAACGAUUGAUCUGUAGCCAGCAGCGCUUGACUUCUUUUAGCCGUAUGUUCCCUGUGGUUUACACGUAAGGAGGUGGCGUGAAAUAUGCACAGUGUGCAUAAACGAUUGUGAUGUAAUUCCAGGACAAAACGGAUGGGAACAAACGAUGGACUCUUAAAGACCACACUUUCUGUUCCAUCCUACAUUUAGGGAUCUUAAAGUUGGUGCUGCAUAAAAGCUGAAGGUUUUUAUCAUGAACCUUAUCAGCGUUGAUGGUGCGGCGUCCACGCCGCAGGAGCAAUGAGCACUCCAGAGUUUUUGGUUUUUAUUGAUUGACGAGUUUUUAGGGAGAAGAGACUGGAUCAGAGGUGACGUACGAACAGAGGGCCCACCCCGGCUCUCUGGAACCUGCCUGGCUUUUACAAUGGCUUGUAUCUGCCGCGGUGUUAAAGAAUCGCCGUCAUACCUUCCUGUCUCUCACAUCGCGAGCUGAGGACUUCUUACUUGUUGUGGGGGUUUUGUUUGUGGAAUUAGCUGUUGAGCACCAGGAGGCACCGCUGAAGACAGAGAGUUGAUGUUUGUGUUCACAGAUGAUUUUGUGAAGUGGGAAAGAGCCCAUUUUGUCCGUUUGUCCUGUUUAGCCAGUGUUAGCAUUUUGCUUUAUCACGCUUUUUUUGUUUUUGUCUUCCUGAAAUAUUUCACCUGCUGACUUGAACCGCUUCUUCAGAAACGCCAAAGCGAACGACUGUCUGGAAACCUCUUUGAUCAUGGAUUGGGCACUUCAAAAUAAAAGCAGCAGUGAGCAGUUAUUUUCAUUAUUGAUUAAUAGUUUUGUCUUUAAAAUGUCAGUCCUUUAAAAAAAAUUCCCAAAGAAAUAUCUUUAUAGAAUUUUUUUUCCCCAAAAUCCUAAAUUAUUGAAUGCAUUUUGACAACCAGUGAAAAGCAGAUUAAGAUCAAGUUACUUGAACUCAGUUUUUCUUUGAUUUAAUGAUGUUUGCACGAAAAACGUCAGCAAGCAGCAGCUUCAUAACACUGCAGAAUGUUAUUAAAUAUAUCUGUAAUUCAGCUUCAUUAAAGUUUAAACAAUUUUUUUACUAUGAAUUUAGAUCCAUUUAAAUCCACCUGAAAACCAGCUAAUCUGGUUUAAAGCACUUUAGAACAUGUUUGAAGUGUUUUUAAAACCUUUUAAACCAGUUGAACUUGUUUCAUCACCUGUCAGACACAUUGAACAUAUUUCUAUUUUCGUGUUAAAUCACUUUGAGUUCACAAUGCGUCAGGAUGUUUAAUGAUCAUAAAUGAGUGUUACUCCUUUUUUCUUUUUUUGUACAUUUCUCUCAAAGUAGCGCAGUGACGGCUAACUCUGAAUAAUAAUGUUAGCCUCCCCUUUUUGGCUUUCUUUUUGGUGACGUUGGUGAGAAGCUGUUGUACCUGUCAAAAUAUGCACUUCUGCAUAGUCGAAGUUUAUGAAAUGCAUAUUGUGAAUUUGUGGGUUAAGUUGUCUUUGUGUCUGAGUUUCACAUUUAACGAUCUCGCGUUGUCUUUUCUGGCAGGAUUCGUUCCUAUAGUUCUGUGUUGUACUUUCCUGGAAUAUGUUUGAGGAACUCCCAUUAUACAUCAAAGUCCUUUUAAAAUGAUACUUUGUGAGUCAGUGUUCUUUUUUUUUUUUUUUUUUUUCCUUCUUUUUUUUAAGCUCAUUUCUCUGACAGAUGUGUCGAUGUCCUCCAUCUUUCUGUCAAAUGUCCUACUGCCUCCCCACAAGCUUCUGUAACAGUUUUACAUUGAUGGGACCAAAAGAUUAAUAAACUUCACAAGCAUCA